AUGACUGCAGAAUUGGGAGAGGCCAUGGCCCUGGCCCCUUGGGGCCUAGUGACAGUGAAAAAGGAGGAGGAAGAAGAGGAAAACUUCCUAGGUCAGGCAUCCAGCCAACAAGUGCGCUCUGAGAACGUCAAAGUCUGGGCCCCUGGGGAGGGUCCUCAGACAGGCCUUGAUGUAUCAGAACAGGAGGGAAAGGGUCAGAACAUGUUCUGGGACAUGGCUGUAGUCGUGAAAGCAAUGCAGGAGGCACCUGCUGCUUCAACCCUUGGCAGCUACUCAUCACCAGGGGCUCUGGCCAAGAGCGAGAUCCUGGAGACUCAAGGGAACAUAACCUAUCUAGGUGCUGAAACCAAGAAGCCACAGUUACUGGUUCCAAAAACUGAGAUAUGUGAUGAAGCAGAAAAACCCUUCAUAAUAUCAGAAAGAAUCCAGAAACUUGACCCUCAAGGACCUGAGUUAGGAGAAGCCUGUGAAAAAGGGAACAUGUUAAAGAGGCAGAGAAUCAAGAGGGAGAAGAAAGAUUUCAGACAAGUGACAGUGAAGGACUGUCACAUACCUGAAAGCUUCAAAGAAGAGGAAGACCAGAAAUGUCAGAAAUCUGGGGAAAGAUACAGCCUUAGUUCUGGCACUGUUAAAAAUCAGAAAAGCCAGCCUGGGCAGAAACCUUUUACAUGUAGCGUGUGUGGGAAGGGCUUUAGUCAGAGUGCAAACCUUGUAGUGCAUCAGCGAAUCCACACUGGGGAGAAACCCUUCGAAUGUCAUGAGUGUGGGAAGGCCUUCAUUCAGAGUGCAAACCUUGUUGUGCAUCAGCGAAUCCACACUGGACAGAAACCGUACGUUUGUGCAAAAUGUGGGAAAGCCUUCACUCAGAGUUCAAAUCUGACUGUACAUCAAAAGAUCCACUCCUUAGAAAAAAUCUUUAAGUGCAGUGAAUGUGAGAAAGCCUUCAGUUAUAGCUCACAACUUGCUCGGCACCAGAAAGUCCACAUUACAGAAAAAUGCUAUGAAUGUAAUGAGUGUGGGAAAACAUUUACUCGGAGCUCAAACCUCAUUGUCCACCAGAGGAUCCACACUGGUGAAAAGCCCUUUGCCUGUAAUGAUUGUGGCAAAGCCUUCACCCAGAGUGCAAAUCUUAUUGUGCAUCAGCGAAGCCAUACUGGUGAGAAGCCAUAUGAGUGUAAAGAGUGUGGAAAAGCCUUUAGUUGUUUUUCUCACCUUAUCGUGCACCAGAGAAUUCACACUGCAGAGAAACCUUAUGACUGCAGCGAGUGUGGAAAAGCCUUCAGUCAGCUCUCUUGCCUUAUUGUGCACCAGAGGAUUCACAGUGGGGAUCUUCCUUACGUGUGUAAUGAGUGUGGGAAGGCUUUCACGUGCAGCUCGUACCUGCUUAUUCAUCAGAGAAUUCAUAAUGGGGAAAAACCGUACACAUGCAAUGAGUGUGGCAAGGCCUUCAGGCAGAGGUCAAGCCUCACCGUGCACCAGAGAACCCACACUGGGGAAAAGCCCUACGAAUGUGAGAAGUGUGGUGCGGCUUUCAUUUCUAACUCGCACCUCAUGCGGCAUCACAGAACCCAUCUUGUUGAGUAACAAGUAAAGGAAGAGGAAUACCUCCAGGCAUUGAUCAUAACCUAUUACCCCCAAGUGGGACACUUCUUUGCUGUUUUCUUCCUCCUUUAUAAAAAUGAGGCCUGCUGGGUCUUUAAAAGUAACAGUUUUCGGGAGUGCAUUACGAAACACAAGCAUUUCAGAGGCUAAUUUAAAGAAAAUGAAAACUAAGUACCUAAAGGCAAGGACUUUGUUUUUAGCUGUUCCCUAAGUAGUCAUGUUGUCUGAAAUGGAAUGUGGCUUUCUUAGAAAUGGAUCAUACAAAGCUAAGUGAUAAAGAUCCCAUUUGGGGAAAGGUAUUUUUUACUUAAUUUUGUUGUUAAAACUCUGGUAAUUUCUUGAGCACCAAGCAGGUUACUGGUAUAGGUCAGCCUGGUGGAAUUUUGGAGGUUUGAACCUUGUAUUCUAGUAUUUUGGGCUAAGCAGUGACUAGUUAAGGAAACCACUUGGGGUGGUAAUUCACCAACAAUACACGGAUGAACAUUUAUAAGCUUUCCAUUGCCUAGAUAAUUGAAAAAAAAAAACAUCAAAAAAACCUGUUAACCGUCUCCUGCUCCUAAAAUGGACAGAAGUAGGAAACAGCCGCUUCCCUCAUGUCUAUACCUCAUGAACCUUGAUAUGGUAAAGCUCUGGGGACCUCUGAUGAGUCUCCUCUGACCGUUCCCCACUCUGCAUGGCCAAGCACUUGAGGACUGAUGGAGACAACACACUGGGGCCACAAAUGCUACUGGGCUAUAUUCAUUUGCUAAGAUCAACAAGUCUCCAAAUAACCCCCAAUUUCCAUUGCAUUCCAUUUGAGUGAGAUGCUACUAACAGCCCCCUUCCCAGACAGAGGAGUCAAAGAAUAAAGCUUGCCUAGAGGCA